AUGGCGAGCGGGGCGCGGGGCGCCUGGAGCGAGUGGCCCGUGGAUCACUUCCUGCGCACCGGGCACAUCGCGGCCAGGGACGGGGCCGCCGUGCGCUGGUUCCACGCCGCCAACAGCCGGGCCCGGGCCGCCGAGGCCGCGCGAAGCGAUGUGCACAUGGUGGAGGUGGACGUUGUCCUCCGGGGAGGGGACAGGGAGCCCAUCCUGGCUCAUCCCCCGGACACUGACAGCGACAUCACCCUGCAGGAGUGGCUGGCACAGAUGGGCAGCACCAACAAAGGCAUCAAGCUCGACUUUAAGAGCCUGGCCGCCGUGGGACCCUCCCUGGAGCUGCUGGGGCAGGCGGGGCAGUCCCUGGACAGACCCGUGUGGCUGAACGGGGACAUCCUGCCGGGGCCCUGCGGGAGCUGCGCGCCGCUGGACGCCCGCGCCUUCCUGAGCGCCGUCACUUCCUCCUGCCCCCAUGGCACCCUGUCCCUGGGCUGGACCACGGGCUGCCACCGAGGGCAAGGCUACGAGUGGCCCGUGGUGCAGGAGAUGUGGCAGCUGUGCCGCGCGCUGUCCCAGCCGGUGACGUUCGCGGUCAGGGCUGCGCUGGUGCCCGGCUCCCUCCAGCAGCUGCAGUGGCUGCUGCAGCAGUGCCACAGGUACAGCCUCACUGUUUGGACAGGAAAGGAGGAUGUGUAUUCUGUAGAAGACUUGCUUCUCAUCCGAGAAAAUUUUGAUAAAAGUAGGGUUUAUUAUGACAUUUUUGAGCCACAAAAUUCUGAAUUCAAAAAAGCCAUUGGAAUAGAAUAGUAGAUGCAAAGCAGGCAAUGCCUGACCCUAUAGUGCUUUAAACUGUAAACCCCUUCAAAUGUGAGGAUAUUUUAUUCAAAGAAAUGCAAUUUCCUUGCCAGAAGGGCCGUGUUGAGCACGCCUGUGGUUACUGGGGGAGUUUUGGUUUGGCACUGUGCAGAAACAGAAAUGCAGUGCCUUCCCCAUUGGCCCUGCUUGUGGUGUGGGACCCUGGAGCCACACUCGAGGAGGGGAGGAUGGCACUGCCAGCUGCUCUGCCCGUGGUCACCGUGCCCGUGGUCACC